UAACCCUACAGGUCCAAAAUCCAGACUUUUUUACCAAGUCAAAUGACUUCACCAACCCCACUCUCCUCUACUAUGGCUUCCUGUAUUCGUGUCUGCUAUAACUGACAUGUAGGAUUAUACAUGUGGUUACACAGGAUCAAUCAGUCGUUGCUCUGAAUCCAUAUAGUCCUGCUGCCGUGCAAUUAAUGACUGGCUCAUUAUAAUAGCCGACCACAAAGUGGGUUAAAAAAAGAAGCAUUGCUGACAAUCAAAAUGUGGUCAUAUCUACAAUACGUCAAUGCUUUCUUUGUCAGUAUUUAUACAAUAUUAUUCGUAGCCAAACCCUGGAUUACAAUAUUAUGAAGUUGUUUGCGGGCAGAAAGCGCUCCGACUGAGCCGCAGGUGAUUGAAGUGUUGAGGAGAGUAAACUAACUAGUACAAGGGCGGAGGCGGGACACGGAGAAACCGAACUGCGCAGAGAGCAACUCAAGCAGGUCACAGACAAGAAGACAGUGGAAAACCGUGGGGGCUGCAGCCGAAUGAUAUUAUGAGGAUAGUUUUGCAAUACAGUCGAGCAUAAACAGUCGUUGGAUUGAGAUGGUACGGAGGGCACCGGCUCUUAUCAACAGUAGGAACACCGACGGCUGAGUUUACAGUAUUGACACCGCCAUUAUGAAGAACGAGGAGCGCUCAUAGUUCACUAUCUAAACUAAUACAUAACAGGUUGUCUGCAUAAAACAGAAGAAACAAACGUCAAUUUAACAUCUAUUCAAUAUUGAUUAAACGUAAUUGUACUUAAAUGACGUGGAAACAACGUUGAUUCAACCAGUGUGUGCGCAGGGGGCUAUGGCUUUCUUUCGGAUACAUUGUAACGGCCGGUUGUAACAUUGCCCGGCAGCUUGAAUGCCAACCAGUUAUUAAACCAAUUAACGAACUACUGUCCUGGGAUUGUGAACCGGUCACAACUCGGAUUAACCCCGUGUGCAGCUGGCUCAGGCAGACAGGGAGGAAAACGUGUAGCCGACAUAACGGCGAGGAAAGGAGACAACCUGGCUAUUAUGAAGGUUCAAGUAGGAACUUAAGUUACCUGGCUGACCAGUGCUGGAAUGGCGGCUGCAUCUACCUGAUCAUGCUCCGGAGGAUCAAGCGCAAAGCCCCUCUCCCUCCAUGCAAUGGAAACAGCAAAGUCACCAACCGCAGUGGCUCCGCCCACUCCCUGGACGACCUGAGCGGCAUCUCCUCCGAGCCUCCCAGUAGCCUGCUGACGCAGAACGGCGAUGGCAAACGUUUGCGAAAGUUCGGCGUCAUCUCCCGGUCGUCGUUAAAUCGUGAUAGUACGGACGGUAGCUGUGACGAUGGCGGCAGAGAGACACUGGAGAAUGGUUACCACAGCUACAGAGGAUCUACGGUAUCCAUGGAGAUGGAGGUCACGCCCCCUGAGGGGAGACCAGGAAGGAAGGAUGAGGGGCCCAUGACUGUCCUGCCCCCUCUAGCGAUCCCCCGCAACCUGCUGAACAGUGGAGGGACCGCCACCCUGCCGAACCGCUCCCACAGGGGACUGUCAGAACACAAGACAGAGUCAUUCAGCAGUGAUACCUCCAGUCAGCCCAGGGAGGGGAGUCGUAUCUGGAAGAUGCACAUGGUGAAAGGUCAGGAGGGGCUGGGCAUCCAGAUUACGGGAGGACGAGGGUCCAAGCGCUCCCAGCACGGCAUCGUCAUAGCACACGUAGAGGAGGGAGGCGCCACACAGAGGGACGGGCGGCUGAAGGCUGGUGAUGAGCUCUUGAUGAUCAACGGUCAGUCUCUGGUUGGUCUGUCUCAUUCGGAGGCCGUGGCCGCCCUCCGCUCCUCCGCUGGACUGGUACAACUGGUGGUCGCUAGCAGGGAGGAGUCCGAGGUGGAUUUCCACCGUUUCCCAUCUACCAGCCUGCCAGACCUGGUCAGUACUUCCUCCUCCUCUCCUUCUCCGAGCAGCAACAUGGAACCUCGUCACGGCCUGACCUCCAGCAGCCUCUCUCUACCCACUACGCUGACUGAUCUGGAGAAGCUAGAGGACCGAGGACAGAUGGAGGGACCUAAAGGAACCUGCCGUUCUCCUACAUCCAUGAAGUUCAGGACCAGAUCACAAGGGGGCGGUAGUCGUCUGGAGUCUGUUGGAGAGGAUGACGAGCUGAUCGUGGAGAAUGGAGAGGAGGGAAGUGACAUGGUGGAGAAACCGACAGGAGGCGGACGCAAACACUCCUUGCCUCAGCAAUUAGACACUGUGGGCGUCCGACAGGAGUAUCAGAUAGUUAAGAAAACAGCUCGCUCCCUGAGCACCGUUCAAGUGGAGUCUCCAUGGCGACUGGCCCAGCCAUCUAUUAUAUCCAACAUUGUCCUUAUGAAAGGACAGGGCAAGGGACUGGGGUUCAGCAUCGUCGGAGGUCAGGACUCCGCCCGAGGAAGGAUGGGGAUCUUUGUCAAGACCAUCUUCCCCAACGGAGCAGCGGUCGCAGACGGACGACUGAAAGAGGGAGAUGAGAUUCUGGAGGUGAAUGGAGACUCUCUCCAGGGCCUGACCCACCAGCAGGCCAUCCAGACCUUCAAGCAGCUGAAGAAGGGCGUGAUAACCCUGACUGUGAGGACUCGUCUGCGCAGCCCCAGCCUGACUCCGUGCCCUACCCCCACCCUCCUCAGUCGCUCCUCCUCCCUUAACUCCAACGCCAGCGGGGGAACCCCCAUACCCUCCACUUUCGACGAAACCCCCGAAGUCCGCAAGGGACCGCCCAGACCUGGCCCCAAGGACCGCAUCAUUAUGGAGGUUACACUCAUUAAAGAGCCCGGGGUGGGUCUGGGUAUAGGGGCCUGCUGUCUAACUCUAGAGAACAGUGUUCCAGCCAUCUACAUCCACAGUCUGGCCCCCGGCUCUGUCGCCAAGAUGGAUGGACGACUCAGUCGAGGGGACCAGGUGUUGGAGGUGGACUCAGUGAGUCUGCGUCACGUGGCUCUGAGUGAGGUCUACGCCAUCCUGAGUGAGUGUGGACCCGGACCCGUUAGCCUCAUCAUCAGCCGCCAUCCCAACGCCAAGGUUUCAGAGCAGGAGAUGGAUGACGUGAUCAGUCAGUCCACAUACAGAGACAGUCUGUGCAAGGAAGGACACGUCUCUCAAACACUAGGCCUGCCCUCUAAGAGCCCCUCCCCCACAGUGAAGGCCAAACAAGGAGAUGGCUCCUCCCUCAGCUGGACCAUGAAGAGGUUCCUGGAGCCCGCUAGCAGGCAAGGGUCACUGAGUUCGGAGGCGGAGCUAUCUCAGUAUUUCUCCCAGGAAGUGACCAGUCAUUCGUCGCUGUCAGAAACCAUGGCGAUGUGCUCCAGUGAUGACGACAUGCUCAACCACAGGAGCUCCAACACUACCCCCCCUACACAGCCACAUGUGGAGGUUGGGGCCCGCGGUGACCCCGUGGUUAACCGGCCGGCGGAGGCCAACCAGCCCAGUGUGGGUAGUCCCGGUUGCGGCGCAGUCCGCAGCCCGCUGCUCCGACAGAGACGGGUCAUCUGCUAUGAGGAGGAGAUCAGCGAUGAUGAUGAUGAUGAUGAUGAAGACGAUGCAGUGACCCCGCCGGUCCACCGGGUGGCUGGUCGUGGCACUACCCCCGUGGUGCUUGCUGACUCUGGUACUGUGAUCGCUACAUCAUCAGUUGAGGUGGACGAGGAGAGCGAGGGACCGCUCUCCCCGCUCUACAGAAUCUCUCUGGGGUCAGAGGAAGGGGUCGGGGAAGGAGGGUCUAGCCCCACAACAGGCCCUAGUAACCUGGGUGUGAGGAAGGACCUUCAGGGUCCCCUGGAGCCCAAGCGCUCCCCCAAGCUGGAACACAAGGCCGUGACCCGCGUCAAGAGCAUGAUGAGCAUCGAGGCCCAGCCAACUAACCAGCAGAACCAGAGAACCAAAGGAGAGGAGUCUCCGACCUCCCUAUCCUCCCAGUUUCUGUUCCCUCAGCCUGGGGUAGGUUCCAGCUGCUCCUUAGGACGGCCUGGUUCUAACCCCAACCCCCUCUGUAAGAUGGGCGAGGCCUGCAGCGAGCUGGCGGGGGUCUGCACCAUCGACAAGGUGGUCCUGAGGAGGAGUGAGGAAGAGUCCUUCGGUCUGGACCUGGAGAUCAAGUCUUCUCCUCUGAAGGUGGUGAUCACUGGACUGAGGCCUGGAGGAGCGGCCGAGAGGGAAUCCCGGGGCAGGAUGUGUGUGGGAGAUGAGAUCAUAUCGAUCGGGGAAACUCCCGUUGGAUCCUCUUCCUACCACGACGUCUGUGAGCUCAUGCACAACCUUCCUGUGACGCUCAGGCUAGAGGUCAAGAGGCCUGUGUCAGCUGUAGAUCGCCUCUCCAGCCUCAUGAUGUCAUCGGGGAGUUGUGAUGUCAUCGAACCCUCCGUACUGGAUCAGUCCAGAACUUCCCAGGAGGCCAAUGGGGGUUAUCCAAAUCCAGGGAUUCCCUCCUCCUCCUCCUCCUCCUCAGCAACAAAUCACAAUUUCAAACCCACAGCCCCAACCAACCACAGCAGUGAAAUACCUGUCACCUACAUCGAUGACGUCAUAACCGAACUAAGUUCCUCCGAUGUUGAGAGUGCGCUCUCGUCCAAAAUCCCCAAAGCCCCUUCAGAAGCACAAUGUACUGAGACCACAUCCUGCAAGUCAGCUCUAGACAGCAAGGCCCUGCCAGAGAAUGACAAAUGUAAUGUUCUGACUCCUCCAACACGGUCCAGUCAGUUGGACUUCUCUGUCUUGGACUCUGGAAAUAAUGGUAGCCUCUUGCCUGUGGGUAAAACAUUCUUGAACAAAUACUCCAGAAACUCUAGCAGUCUCAGUCUCACAGACGAGGGGAAGAAUGCUCUUGCAAAUGGGGUGGAGAAACCCCCCGGUGCCUCUGCCGCCUCAAAGUGCCACAUGUACAACCUGGUCGAGGACAGCGAUUCAGAGAGUGAAGACACGGUCACCGACAACAGCCAUGGCACUGCCGGCGAUAACAAACCGGGGAGCAGCGUUGUCUGCGCUGAGCCACAGGACACAGAUUCUGAUGAGGAGGAAGUGGAGAUUUGUUACAGUGAGUCCCAGCGGCCCAGCACUCUGAGCCAGGCAGCUCUGACUCACCCAACAGAUGGGCCAUUGUCUCCCCGGCUCUCUAUCCCUAUCUCUGGCUCUGACGGCAGCCACAAUACAAAGGAGUCUGGGCCCUUUGAUGUAGUACUAGACUCUGUUGCUUCUGUCACUUCUGAUACUGCUAUGACGACAGCUACUCACCCUGCUGCUGCCUCUCAGCAAAACAAAGACUGCUCUGUGGUAACAACAACCCAAUCCAACCUUAUCACUUCCCCCUCGCUGUCUCAGAGUCUAUCUGGCUCGCAGUCCUCAGGUGCCUGUUUGACUGCAGAGUCCAAAGCUUCCCCUUGCCAAAUGGUGCACCCCCAGUCUUCCAAGGACACAGAUUCUGUACCCACUCCAGGCCCGGCAAGGUCUUCAGAAUGCUUUGCCAAUGGGGUUAGUGGCAGCAACGUUGCUACACCUGUGAUAAAACCCAGCCAGACAAUUUCUGUUGUAGCAGCUACCCAAAGCCUCACCCCACGGAGUCAGGAGAGGACAGCCAGGCCGACAUCAGGUAAACUAUCUAAUAGUACAUCAUCAUCAUCAGCAGCAUCCCAUUCAACGGCGGCAAUGCCCUCCAACUAUAGUAGAUCUGGCUUAUCGAGACCAUCUCUAACAACGACAAGAGACAAGGAGGGAGAGAAAGUUCCUCUGGAACCCAGGUUGGUCCAGAAUAACCCUACUAGUCUUCCGAUGUCCAAACUGAAGGGGCUCAGCAUUAAGAGUAAGAACAAAACCCAGCAGCAGCUUUCCCCGAAACCAGCCAGCGCCGAAAGUCCGGCAGUCCUCAGGAAAGCAAGCAAAACUUCCCCGCUCCAGUCCCCCAAACUGCAAGCUAAGAAGGUAGACUCUCCUCUGCUAACCAGAAAGGCAGCAGCCUCAUCUAGCAGCUUAAAGACUGGCAAACAGUUGGAUCUGAGCAGAAUCAGUAGCAGGAGCCUCACCUCGCCCAAAGCAGGUGACCGAACACAGGACAAGUGCAACCCCAAGUCCAAUCCCACAACCACUACCACGUUGGAGGCAGCACAGUCAGCUAAGUUGGAGCUUCACCCUAACAAAGAGGAGAAAGUGACUUCAGCUACUGCUAUGUCCAAGGAAAAACCGGAAUCAGUCCCAACUACCCAGAGGUCUUUCAUUGAGGUGCGACUCUCAUCUUCCUCUUCUACUCUUCCUUCCUCCUCAUCGUCUACGCCAGUUCUGAUGCGAAAGGAAACUGUGAAUUCAAAGAAUUACUCAAUUACUCAAACGACUCAUAUACCAGAUAUUACGUCACACGUCAAUGGAAGUGCAGUAGAGACCAAUCUCAGGCCUGCUGCUCCUGACUCUGUGUGUAGUCCAGAAAAUGUCACUACAAAUGAUUCAGCAGUGAACUCAAUAGGCCUAGAAUCCGUAGAUGUGGUUCCUUUGCCUAUAAACAAUGAUAUCAUAAACAUCCCUCUUAGAAACUCCUGUCUAACAGAUAUGGCUGUGGAAAACCUGAAAGCCAACAAGUCCAAACUGAAGAUGAUGGAGCGCCGUAGUUUCUCCACGGACAACAGCACCCCCGGGGAUCCCAACCCCUUCUCUGUCCGCCAGAGGAUCAAGUCCUUCGAGAACCUGGCCAGCUUCGAUAAGCCAGCGCUCAAAUGUAUCGAGAUCCAGUCCUUCGCUCAGUCCUAUGCUCUGACGGCAACUUUGAAGCCUCCUCUUAACCGAAGACUGUCUGGCUACAUGUCCGGCUCGGUGAACUCCGUAGACUGCCGCUCGCUACGAAGAAGCUUCAGCUCAUGCGUCGACAACAUUAACGUCUCGAACCCCUUGACCCCUUUGUCGCCUCAGCUUCGCAAGUCGCCGUCAAGUCUGACUCUCCCGAACGUUGACAUUUUGACACAAAGCUGCAGCACAAACGAAGCUCCACUUGGACAAACACGGGACGAACUCGCGGACGGUGAAAUCCCCAAAAUGUUGCCCCCAGGGGGUGUGACACUAACUCCUCAAACGCCCCCGGUGAUGCGGCGCCGCCAGGCUCGGGGCCACGCCAACCUGUCCCGAUCCAGAUUGAGGGAGCUCAGGGCCCUUAGCAUGCCCGACCUGGACAAGCUGUACACCGAUGACUUCUCCAGCAACCCAGGGACCAACGGCACAUUUAAGACGGAGCUGGAGAUCCACCCAGCCAGGUUCACAGAGGCCCUCCAGAACCAGACAGGGUGCUGUCAACUGCCUGCUGAACCCACAGGUGUGCCCCCGACCAGGGCCAGUCGGAGCGACGGUGGGGCCAGCCAGGACGACAUUCAGGGGGAAACUAACGGUCAAACAGAUCUCAGCAGCUGGUCCAUCAGUUUGACAGUGCUGGCUGGCUCUCCGGUGGAGCAGAGUAAGCUGCAGACGGUCCUGGCCUCGCUGACCUCCAAGACCGAUGUGUUGGCCCUGCUACAGGAGGCCAAAGCUCUCUCUCAGGUUAAAGAUGAUACCCACUUUGUAGUCUUCUCCAAAGAAGAGGGUUCGGGCCUUGGUUUCAGCAUCGCUGGAGGAGUGGACCUUGAGCAGAAGUCUAUAUCUGUCCAUCGUGUCUUCUCCAAAGGGCUAGCUGGCCUGGAAGGUACCAUUCAGCAGGGGGACAGCGUCCUGUCCAUCAACGGCAGCAGCUUGGAGGGGACGUCCCACGGAGAAGCCCUGUCCUGUCUCCACCAGGCUAGACUGUCCUCUCAGGCCCUGGUGGUCCUUCGCAGGGGGAAGGACAGUGAAGGACACAUGUCCCCAAGACACCAUGACCUGUACCACCGCACAGGGCAAAGCUACUCCCCAGGGUGCAGAGACAACGGGCCUGAGACAGCUAGACCAGUAGUGGUGGAAAUGGGUCCUGACGGGGCUCUGAGGAUACAGCUCCUGAAGACAUCAGCUGGUCUGGGCUUCAGUCUGGAGGGGGGCAAAGCCUCUGCGCAUGGAGACCGCCCCCUCAACGUCAAACGAGUCUUCAAAGGUGGUGCUGCGGAGCUGUCGCGGGUGGUGGACGUGGGGGAUGAGGUACUGGAGGUGAACGGGAGCUCGCUGCAAGGCCUCAUGCAUUACGACGCCUGGAACAUUAUCAAGACUGUCAGCAAAGGCCCCGUGCAGCUUGUCAUCAGGAAACCACGGACCUCUGUAUGACUCAACAGACAUAUCGACUGGACAUACAAAGAACCCAUGUGUCAGUCUGGUUGACGUGUAACCUGACACCCAUAGAACUCAAGUGUCAGUCUGGUUGACGUGUAACCUGACACCCAUAGAACUCAAGUGUCAGUCUGGUUGACGUGUAACCUGACACCCAUAGAACUCAAGUGUCAGUCUGGUUGACGUGUAACCUGACACCCAUAGAACUCAAGUGUCAGUCUGGUUGACGUGUAACCUGACACCCAUAGAACUCAAGUGUCAGUCUGGUUGACGUGUAACCUGACACCCAUAGAACUCAAGUGUCAGUCUGGUUGACGUGUAACCUGACACCCAUAGAACUCAUGUGUCAGUCUGGUUGACGUGUAACCUGACACCCAUUUUUUUUUUACAUAUUCGAACGAGGCAGACAGACAUGUUGGGCUAACAUUGCAGGGUUAUUCUCCCCCCCCCCCCCCCAGAGUAAAUUUGGUUCGGGAUGGAUCUAUGUCAUACAGCGUGCCAAAACCAGACCAUGGAACGACGAAAGAGAGACUUUCACUUGUUUUACUGAUUUACUUUUCUAUGACGUCACCUUGUGAUGAUGUUUUUAAUAUGGCUGACCUACUCAGGCGGUGGUGCUGUACUGUACUGCGCAGGAUUACAGUGCAUUCGGAAAGUAUUCAGACCCCUUGAUUUUUUUCCCCCCACAUUUUGUUAUGUUACAGCCUUAUUCUAAAAUGGAUUAAAUACAUUUUAAAAAUUCUCAGAAAUCUACACACAAUAUCCCAUAAUGACAAAGUGAAAACAGGUUUUGAGAUUCUUUUUUGCGAAUUCAGGAAAAAAAUAUUUUUAAAAUACCUUAUUUACAUAAGUAUUCAGACUCUUUGCUAUGAGACACGAAAUUGAGGUCAGGUGCAUCCUGUUUCCAUUGAUCAUCCUUGAGAUGUUUCUGCAACUUGAUUGGAGUCCACCUGUGGUAAAUUAUAUUAAUUGGACAUGAUUUGGAAAGACACACACCUGUCUAUAUAAGGUCCCACAGUUGACAUUGCAUGUCAGAGCAAAAACCAAGCCAUGAGGUUGAAGGAAUUGUUCGUAGAGCUCAGAGACAGGAUUGUGUCGAGGCACAGAUCUGGGGAAAGGUACCUAAAAAUGUCUGCAUCAUUGAAGGUUCCCAAGAACACAGUGGCCUCCAUCAUUCUUAAAUGGAAGAAGUUUGGAACCACCAAGACUCUUCCUGGAGCUGGCCGCCCAGCCAACCUGAGCAAUCGCAGAGAAGGGCCUAGUUCAACGAGGUGACCAAGAACCCGAUGGUCACUCUGACAGAGCUCCAGAGUUCCUCUGUGGAGAUGGGAGAACCUUCCAGAAGGACAACCAUCUCUGCAGUAUUCCACUAAUCAGGCCUUUAUGGUAGAGUGGCCAGAAGGAAGCCACUCCUCAGUAAAAGGCACAUGACAGCCCUAUUAGUUUUCCAAAAGGCACCUAAAGACUCAGACCAUGAGAAACCAGAUUCUCUGUUCUCAUGAAACCAAGUUUGAACUCUUUGGCCUGAAUUCCAAGCGUUACGUCUGGAGGAAACCUGUCACCAUCCCAUCUUUCCCUAUGGUGGUGGCGGCAUCAUGCUGUGGGGAUGUUUUUCAGCGUCAGGGACUGGGAGACUAGUCAGGAUAAAGGGAAAGAUGAACAGAUGUAAGUACAGAGAGAUCCUUGAAGAAAACCUGCUCCAGAGCACUCAGGACCUCAGACUGGGGAAACAGUUCACCGUCCAACAGGACAAAGACCCUAAGCACACAGCCAAGACAACGCAGAAGUGGCUUCAGGACAAGUCUCUGAAUGUCCUUGAGUGGCCCAGCCAGAGCCCGGACUUGAACCUGAUCGAACAUCUCUGGAGAGACCUGAAAAUAGCUGUUCAGCGAUGCUCCCCAUCCAACCUGACAGAGCUUGAGAGGAUCUGCAGAGAAGAAUGGGAGAAACUCCCCAAAUAUAGGUGUGCCAAGCUUGCAGCGUCAUACACAAGAAGACUCAAGACUGUAAUCGCUGCCAAAGGUGCUUCAACAAAGUCCUGAGUAAAGAGUCUGAAUAUUUAUGUAAAUGUUAUAUUUUUUCUUUUUUGAUUAAUUUGCUAAAAUUUCGAAAAAAACUGUUUUUGCUUUGUCUUCAUGGGUAUUGUGUGUAGGGGGGUAAGGGGGGAAAAACUAUUUAAUCAGUUUUAGAAUAAGGUUGUAACCUAACAAAAUGUGGAAAAAGUCAAGGGGUCUGAAUACUUUCUGAAGGCAUUGUACAUCCGCUAUCAAUAUACAGUAAAUAGUAUAGUUUAGUAUUGUAUAGAGGUUGUACAGUAUAUUGUAUAGUUUAGUAUAACUACUGUUCAUUGUUUUACUCUGGAUUUUAGAAGAGGACAAACAUGCAGUCAUAACCUCUUGUUCAUAUAGAAUCAUAUCAAACAUGCAAAUAAUAACAAUAAUCAAAGGAAUGUUGUUUCGUUUUGCUGUUAGCAUCAAUGCUAACUGGCAAGGUACAGCUAAUCAACUGUCACUGUUGUACAAUAAGACUUUUAAUUCUGCCCUCCAAAGGCAAAACGCAGUAACUCCAUUUAUUUUGUUACUGCAAAAUCUGACUUCAGUUCUUUUUCUGUCUAGACAGCAAUUUCUGACACACCAUGAUAUAUUCUGAUCAACUGUCUUGUUCUAGUGUCAGGAAAACGACAUACUACAUUAAUGAGAUAAUAUAACUGACCAUUACAACAGAGCCUUUGUUUGUUUGGUUUUAUUUUCCACUGUAAAUGUGAUUAUUAUUUUAGGAAUAUUGUAAAAUCGUUGCUUUUCCUUUCAAACUUUUACUCCUAAUUUGAACCAACCCUCUAUUAUCCGUCACCCUGUAUCUGUCACCCUGUAUCCGUCACCCUGUAUCCGUCACCCUGUAUCUGUCACCCUGUAUCUGUCACCCUGUAUCUGUCACCCUUAUCUGACCAAAUGUGAUACCUACCUGUGUCAGAGACUCCUGUCAAAAAGACUCAUGUCAUAGAGACUCAUGUCAAAGAGACUCAUGUCAUAGAGACUCAUGUCAAAGAGACUCAUGUCAUAGAGACUCAUGUCAAAGAGACUCAUGUCAUAGAGACUCAUGUCAAAGAGACUCAUGUCAUAGAGACUCAUGUCAAAGAGACUCAUGUCAUAGAGACUCAUGUCAAAGAGACUCAUGUCAUAGAGACUCAUGUCAUAGAGACUCAUGUCAUAGAGACUCAUGUCAAAAAGACUCAUGUCAUAGAGACUCAUGUCAUAGAGACUCAUGCCAAAGAGACUCAUGUCAAAAAGACUCAUGUCAAAAAGACUCAUGUCAUAGAGACUCAUGUCAAAGAGACUCAUGUCAUAGAGACUCAUGUCAAAGAGACUCAUGUCAAAGAGACUCAUGUCAUAGAGACUCAUGUCAUAGAGACUCAUGUCAUAGAGACUCGUGUCAUAGAGACUCAUGUCAAAGAGACUCAUGUCAAAGAGACUCAUGUCAAAGAGACUCAUGUCAAAGAGACUCAUGUCAUAGAGACUCGUGUCAAAGAGACUCGUGUCAUAGAGUCUCAUGUCAAAGAGACUCGUGUCAAAGAGACUCAUGUCAUAGUCUCAUGUCAGACUCAUGUCAUAGAGACUCAUUGGAAGACAACUGUAUUUGAAAGCUGAGUUGGAUUAGUUCUAUGGUAUUAGUCUACAUGUAGUUGCAUUGUACUGUACAUGAAAUGUGCAUAUGCAUAGCCUAAAUAUUGCUGUCCAGUUCACUGCUCUAAACCUGUUAUUUUACACUGAACCAAAUUAUAAACAUGUUUCAUCCCAGAAAUGU